GUUUUUUUUUUUGUUUUACAAUUAUUAUAACAUAAAAAUCAUUAGUUGAAAAUUCAUAUUGUUGAAGAAAUGUCAACGACAUUUGGAUUAAGUUUUGCUUCAUCAUUAUUGGUGGGUAAUAAUGAUGAUCAAAAUCAAUUGAACAGAACACCAAUCAAUAAUGUUGGACAUCAAUUGUCAUCAUCAUCAUCAACGAAUGGUAGUAAUAGUAAUAGUAGUAAUAGCAGUGUAAGAAGUUCCAGUUCAUCAUCAUCAAUGAAAUUAGAGCCAACGACAACAUCAUCUAUCAUCAUGAAUACUGGAUCAUCAAAUAGUACUGGACAACGAUCGGUGGCUGUUUCAAACUCAUUGACAGAAACAACUUUAGUAUCAAAUCGAAAUAAUUCUAGCCCACCAUCAAUACCGCCAUCAUCAUCAUCACGAUCACAGCAACCAAUAUCAUCAUCAUCAUCAUCAUCAUCAACAACAUUAUCGACAAGCGUAGCCGCAUCAUCAUCGAAUAGUUCCCCCACAUCAUUUAAACCAUCCAACUAUGAAACAACCAACAGUAAUGCACAUUCUAGACUAAUUGCCGGAUAUCCGAGACUACCGGGUUUGUAUAGUUCGACAUAUGCAUCAGCCAAUGAUCAAAGUUCAGCAUUCUAUCAGACAAAUAGUGCUGCCGCAGCCGCUGCUGCUGCAGCAUCAUUCUAUCCAUCAUUGAGUUCUCAUUAUGAAUUUGACAAAAACAACGGAAAUAGCUGGACGCCGUUGACAGCAGCUGCGGCUGCAUCACAAACAGCAACUACACCCUACCAUACGCCUUAUGAUGCACAUCAUUCAUUCUAUGGUCCAUAUGGUAAUUGUUAUGGAGCUAUCGAUAGUGCUGCCCGACGUAAGAAUGCAACCAGAGAGACGACCAAUACAUUGAAAGCAUGGCUUUAUGAACAUCGAAAGAAUCCUUAUCCAACUAAAGGUGAAAAAAUCAUGCUGGCCAUUAUAACCAAAAUGACAUUGACCCAGGUAUCAACUUGGUUUGCUAAUGCACGAAGACGAUUGAAAAAAGAAAAUAAAAUGACAUGGGAACCAAAAAAUAAAACAAACGAUUCACGCGAUAAUGAUUCGGAUAAAGAUUCACAAAAAAAUACUGACGAUGGCGAUGAUGAUAUGGUGGUGGGAGGAAUACUUGUCAAUAAUAAAAAUCUUGAUAACGGUAAUGGACUACGAAUCAAUAAAGAUCAAGAUGGACGAAUAAUAAACACUAAUAACAACAGUAUUAUAAUCGGUCAAAAUACGAUGGCGACAUCAACUAAUCAUCAUAAUCAUCACAAUAAUCCUCAUCAUUCGCAUCAUCACCAUCAUCAUCAUUUGACCAAAGGUCAUUUACUAUCUAAUCAAAGUGGACAUAAUGUUGUCGGUAUUGGUGGUGGACAAUUACAGCCACCACAACAGCCGAAGGCAACUACAUUAAUUUCACCGCAACCGCCGCCACAUUCAGCACAAACAUUUGGACUUUCAAUGGUUGAAGGUGAUAACACAAUUGAUGGGCAAAGGCCGAAAAUUUGGUCCUUAGCACAAACAGCGACAUCAGCGGAAGCAGCUUCAGCAGCAGCCGCUGCUGCUAGUCUUGCUGGACAUUUAUAUCAUACAACAACAGCAGCUGAUUGGUCAACAGCGGCAGCCGCACAUUAUGCUGCUGCUCAACAAUUUCAAUCUGGACAGAAUUUUUCUGAUAACUUAUCGUUGAUAAAUCCAUUGUCAGAACAUUAUCAUCACCAUCAUCAUAAUCAUCCCCAUUCUACUCAUCAUCAUGUACCAACACAACAAUCAAUAACCUCAAGUACUAACCAUCAACACGUGCAAUCGCCAUCACAUGCACCUAAUAAUUGCAUUAAUCAACAUCAUAAUUUUUAUUCACCACCUCCACCACUUCCGCAAGCUUCUGCAUCUUCAUUAUUAUCAUCAUCAUCGAAACCAAAUGGAUGGAAUGAUGAAACACAGAAUGCACCAUCAUCAAAUGUCAACAAUAAUAAUAAUGUUGGAUUUACAGGAUGUUCACCAUUUCAUCUGGCUACUGGAAAUAUGCCGCUUUAAUAUGAUAAUUAUAAAUACAAAAUUCUUGAUUAGAACCUAGUUUGAAUUGAAAAUUUGCUUUUUUUUCA